AUGCACCAAGACCAAUUGGCCAACGGGUUCGCCGGCGCCAUAUUCUUCUUCAUUUUCCUGUACUUUUUGGCAAGAUAUAUGCGAAAAUUCGGCGGUACCCCUUCGGAGCCUCCCGUACUGCCCGUCCACUUUCCGCCUGUUCAUCAACCGCCCCCGUACCCUGUCCAACAAUUACCUCAUCUGGCGCCGUAUUCAAAUCACACGCCCUCCACGGCCCCGCCAAGUUAUGAGGAAGCCGUCCGACUCGGGAAACCGCUGGACGUGAAACGAUAU